AUGCGCUCACUCAUCAAUAAUUCACUAGCCAGUUAAUCUUGUAUGCUUCUAUUAUAUAGCUAACUUGUACAAGCUUCUUUUUCUUAGAUUUGACAAUCAGUUUCUUUUCAUGAAUAUGGGUUGUCUUCGAUUUGAUGUGAUUCUUGUAUUUUCACUUUCCCUCAGUUUCUUUCUCUUCUCUAAUACAGUAUCAGCUCAGCAAUUGAGACAGAACUAUUAUGCCAAUAUUUGCCCAAAUGUAGAAAGUAUAGUUAGAAGUACAGUUCAGAAGAAAUUCCAACAGACUUUCGUCACUGUUCCUGCAACCCUCCGUCUCUUCUUCCACGAUUGCUUUGUCCAGGGAUGUGAUGCCUCAGUCGUAGUUGCUUCCACUCCAAACAACAAAGCAGAGAAAGACCAUCCUGAUAAUUUAUCACUGGCCGGAGAUGGAUUUGACACCGUAAUCAAGGCUAAAGCCGCCGUGGACGCAGUCCCCAGCUGCAGAAAUAAAGUUUCAUGUGCAGAUAUAUUAGCCAUGGCAACAAGAGAUGUGGUUGCCCUGUCUGGUGGGCCUUCAUAUGCUGUUGAAUUGGGAAGAUUGGAUGGUCUAAGCUCAACCGCUGCUAGUGUUAAUGGCAAACUGCCUCAGCCAACUUUUAAUUUGAAUCAGCUUAAUUCUUUGUUUGCUGCUAAUGGGCUAUCCCAAACUGACAUGAUUGCUCUUUCAGCCGCCCACACCCUUGGAUUCUCUCACUGCGGCAAGUUCGCCAACAGGAUAUACAAUUUCAGCCGUCAAAACCCAGUGGAUCCUACACUGAACAAGGCCUACGCCACUCAGCUACAGCAAAUGUGCCCGAAGAAUGUGGACCCCAGGAUAGCCAUCAACAUGGACCCCAAAACACCCCAGACAUUUGACAACGCCUACUACAAGAAUCUCCAGCAAGGAAUGGGCCUCUUCACCUCAGACCAGAUUCUCUUCACCGAUGCAAGGUCCAGGCCGACUGUUAAUGCAUGGGCCAGUAAUUCCCCAGCCUUUCAACAAGCCUUUGUUGCGGCGAUGACGAAGCUGGGACGGGUCGGAGUCAAGACGGGUAGAAACGGAAAUAUCCGCACAGAUUGUGGGGUAUUAAAUUAACAUGAAAGUUUGGGAUAAUUUAAAGGCUUCAGUUUUUGUUCACUCGUACACAUCAGAGGGAUGGAGAUUUCAAAUGUAAUUAAGGGUUUUUAAUUUUAAUAAGUUUCCAAGGAGGGGAAAAAAAUGGUGGGGAAUAAAUGAUGUGAUUGUUUUGGAUUUCAGUGAAGAAUGUUGCAAAUUGACUUUGAA